CAUUUAAGCUACUCAUGCAGCUCAGGGUCGUCAUCGAGAGGGGCGCGCGCGCGCAGUGAACGGAGAGAAAGCUGGGAGAGCGGGCGUCCGAUGACAAGCUGAGCCUGAGUCUGAAGGGCGAUCAGGGUCCAGCGUCUCGCGUGGCGAAAUGCCAUCGCCCCUGCCAUGGUGAUGAUGAGCGAGCAAGAAGGACGACAGGAUGAGCGUUGCGAGCUGGCAGGAUGUGGUUGCGAGGUAAUAAGCGUCUGUUGGCUGAGCUACAAUCACAAUCAAGGCGUUCGGCAUCUGGCUGUUAUGCUUCGGGCCGGUAAGAGAGGCGGUCCUCCUGCUGCAAGAGACAGAUCCGCCUGAGCCGACGAUCCUAACUCGUGUGUGUCUUCUCUCUUCAACACAAUCGGAGAUCGGCGGCCGCUUCAAGUUCAAGGUCGCGAAGAAGAGGCGGUCAUCGCUCAAUGCUUCCCACACCGUCACUGGGCCACCUGAGCAAGCACGACUAUCUGAAAGUCUACGAGCCUGCAGAGGACACCUUUAUAUUCCUGGACGCUUUGGAGCAAGAUGCUGAUGAGCUUCGAAGACGCGAGCCGAGGCUCAUCGUCGAGAUAGGAUCGGGCAGUGGCUGCGUGAGCGCUUUCAUCGCUCAGAUCCUGGGUGAUGGCGCGGCAGCCGUCCUCUGUACGGACAUCAAUUCUUUUGCCAGCGAGUGCACCCGCAAGACUGGCGCAGCCAACAAGACCCACCUGGAGCCGGUCGUCACCCACAUGCUCUCUGCACUCUCAUCACGAGCGCAAGGAGCUGAAAGGGCUGCUGGUCUGAUUGACGUGCUCCUUUUCAACCCACCUUACGUACCCACAACGGAGGAAGAGGAGGCAAUUGCCCAAAGGGAAGGGGCCUUAGCUGGCUCGUGGGCGGGCGGGUCAAUGGGGACAAACCUUCUCAACGACCUCAUCACAAGUGUAGAUCGCCGUGAAAGAGGAGGAAUUGAGACGGUCUUGUCACCGGGCGGCGUCUUCUACUUUGUGGCCAUCAAGCAGAAUGACCCAGAUGCGCUGGUGAAGCAGUUGCGAGAUCGCGGCCUCGACGCGGACAUUGCGCUGUCGAGAAGAGCAGGGAGGGAGCAUCUUUUCAUCAUACGAGCGCGCAAAAGUGUGUAGCAGCCAGCUGGUAAGAGCCCGAUC